AUAGCAGAUCAUUUUAUUAAUUUUAUAUCAUGUUGAUAUACAUUUGAAAAAAAUAAAUGCAUUUCAGAGACGUUAACCAUUCUUCUCAGGAAGUGGUAAGUGCACUUCCGGCUUUGGUUGUGUGUCCGUACUGGAGGUCACUUUGCUUAAAAAAGCAACAGUCAUGGGUGGAGAUCAUGGCCAUGGGCACGGCAAAUUGUCCAUGCCAGACUACAAAGUGUGGAAAUGGGAAGGAACACCGCUGGAAGUGACCCAGCAGAGGCUUGCUCGAAGAGGACUCAGGGACCCCUGGGCUCGGAAUGAGGCAUGGAGAUAUACUGGCAGCUUUGGCAUCCCUGUUACCUUCCGAGAUAUUCUCCUCCGUGGAUUUAAGACUGGAUUCGCAGCAUUUGCGGUGGCGCUGGCAGUCGAGUAUGCUUUCUUCCCACCUAAGAAGUCGGAGCACUAAUAUCAAGGCUUGCCUACAGUAGUUACAGCUCAGGGGAGCCAGUCACCACCAGACUCUGUGUUUCCUGCAGGUUUUAAGCCUGUUGUUGUCUUUCCAUAAAGACAUUCGCCCAUGAAAGCCCAUCCUAUACCUAUGUGUUGAAUCAUUCUUAUGUUUCCCAUGACCUGUCUAAAUAAUAAAUAUAAGUGAAUUCAACUAGGCUGUUUUGGUGAAUGUUUCAUUGAUAUUUGUAGUAAAAUGUUUAGAGCCAUCAGUCUUUAAAUUAAGUCUUUCACUGAUAUUACUUAUUUAGGUAAAAAUUUACAUCUGGCUUUAAACAUAAAUUCUAGUGUUUUAAAAAAACAAUAUCAUGGGUGUAUGAAGAGAAUCGCAUGGUGCUAAUCUUAAAAUAAUAGAUAGUCUGAAACUACCAAACAUUUGAGAAAUCUUAAAAUAAAUACUCUUGUUAUAACAUGUAUUAUAACUGUUUCUACAUUGAAAGUAAGAUCUGCAACAAGACUGAAACAAUCAUGUUAUAAAUGCAGAGUCAUUUUUUUAAUGUCUUUCUCAAUUUCUUUAGUAGUUAAAUAGCUACCAGAAAAGAGGUCUUAAUAGACGUUGCACAAAAAAUGGUUCCUUUUCCAAACUUGUUUUCUUUGCUUUAAUUUGAUUGUCUAAAUGUGCACUCUACUAAAUUACAAUAUGUAUACAUCAUGCUUUGCAUUUGACUUGAUGCAGAGAGUAAAUUUUUUUAAAUUAAGUCUUAUUUUAUGGAAUUUUUUAACAAAAUUAGAAAAUUAUUGUUAAUGUUGUUAUUUUGAGAUUUAGAACCAAUUCAGUUAUGCUUGGUUAUUGUGGUGAAGAGUUGAGCUUUUUUGUCAGGUUUAGGAUGGGUACACAAACAUCUUGCUCUUUGUGUAAAGCAACAAUUACUAAUCCUUAUCUAUAUAUAGUAUAUAUAAUCUUUAUCGUAAACUGUGGUGAGAAAAGUCAUAUCAAGAAUUUCACUACAUGUUGUACUGUGUAUGGUUAUGUAUGUGACUAA